CCUAACUAUCUUAAUUUAUAGUACCAUCGCUGCAGGAAUGAAUUCUCUGUCUGCUGUGAUUUUCCAAGAUUUCUUGAAACCAUACUGUCUUAAAGGAAUGUCCGAUGCAAAAUCAACGAUUGCUACAAAAGUUUUAGCUCUGUGUUUGGGCGUCUUGUGUUUGGCAGCAACAGUCGGUGCCUCGAAACUCGGUGGAAUCCUUCAAGCGGCAUUGGCUCUUUAUGGUUGUUUAUCAUCACCAAUGCUCGGGUUAUUUACUCUUGGAAUAAUCUUUCCGUGGGCAAAUGCUUGGGGAGCUCUCGCUGGAGUCUUAUCUAGUAUUUCUAUAAUGACUUGGAUCUCAGUCGGCCAUUACAGUUCGAAAGUUAGAGCAUACAUGCCACCAGUUAGCGUUGCGGGAUGUGGAAUCAAUAUUACAUCUUUAGCUGAAAAUGUCACAAUAGUGAAUAAAUCCGCAUUGCCAGAAUAUGUUUAUCCAACUGGUAUCGAAGGACUAUACAGCGUUUCGUAUCUUUGGUAUAACGUAAUGGCUUUCGCUAUUGUUAUAAUUGUGGGCCUUGCUGUCAGUUUUGCAACCGGUAAGUGUGAUAGGGUGUUGGUAAAAGUAUGUUUGUUAAUUUGUCUGUAUGUGUUAUAUAAGCAAGUUGAGGUACUUCUAAACAUUUCUGAAGUGAUGUAGAGUGCAAUAAACGUC